AUGGCGUCGAAUCCUGCGGCUCCCAGCCUCGCCCAUCGGACUCUAUCCAACAUCCGGGCUGGCGGUGCUCCUUCAGGAAGUGGACCUCCAAGCCCACACACUCCGCUACGCACCAUCCAUUCGGCCUUUGGCUCGCCUUCUACUAUUCGAGCCGAAGAAGAUAUCAUAGCCAUAGAGUUUGGCACGAGAAAUCUGCGCGUGGGGUUCUCUGGAGACCCGGUUCCUAGAGGCACGGUUUCGUUUGGCCCUGAUCAGCAACGCCGUACUGGCGAUUUCCGGGCAUGGCAAGCCGACUAUGAUGACGAUUGGAGGAAGAGACUAACUGGGGAGCAAUGGGGUCGAGAUCAUGAGCUGUGGGACCUCGAUGUCCGGGAUGUUGACCUAGGUCUGGUUGGAGACAAACUGGAGAGGGCGUUGAGAGAAGCUUUCACAAAAUACCUUUUGAUUGACUCAAAGCCCAGACGAAUGGUCCUUGUGCUUCCUUCGUCCAUGGCAACACCUCUACUCUCCGCUGUGCUGGACACCUUAUUCAACCGUUUUUUACCUCCUACUAUCUCUCUGCUGUCGGCCCCGAUCGCUACGUCAGUUGCCGCUGGGGUACGGUCAGCACUCAUCGUCGACCUUGGCUGGGCCGAGACUGUCGUGACGAGCGUGUAUGAGUAUAGGGAGGUCCGGUGUAACAGAAGCAUCCGCGCUGGCCGCAUUCUCGUUAGCCAGAUGCACAAGCUUCUCGGACGCUCCCUUGCCCGGGCCCAAGGCAGGGAUUGCGACGACAGCCCCGAAGCUUCCCAAGAACAAGUCGUUAGCUUCGAGGAAUGCGACGACGUUACUUCACGGCUGGCAUGGUGUAAACCUGCCCGCGGUUCAAACAACCCCCAGGGACAGGAGGAGUCGCUUCCGACCGUGCAAGAGCAGGAUGAAUCCGAGCUUCAGGGCACUGGGCCAGCCGCUGUUCCCGAUACCGUUUCAGUCCCACUGAUGUCUGCUCAUCCUCCGACGACCCUUCAAAUUCCUCACCUCCAGCUCGCGGAGCCUUGCGAAAGCGCCUUCUUCGACUUGCAGUACUCGCAUGGGAGCUUUGACGACCAUGAACUCCCACUGCACCUACUGGUAUAUCGCAGUCUUUUACAUCUCCCCGUGGAUGUCAGAGCAAUCUGUAUGUCACGAAUUAUCUUCACUGGCGGCUGUUCAAAGGUUCUCGGGCUUCGGAGGAGAAUCUUUGACGAAGUAUCCCAUCUCGUGCAGGAACGAGGAUGGGAUCCGGUACUGGGCAAGGGUGUGGAACAGCUGAGGCUCAAUCCAAAGCUGAAGAAUGGGGGCAGCCGACAAGCAAGAAGAAAUGGGCCAACGGGAAGCAGUUCGCAGACCGAUGGCGGAGGAGAGCAGGAUGGGGUCUGGCACGAUGCUGCAAACGCUGGCCCUGAAGUUGACCCGAUUGAGGAGCAGCUACGGAAGGGGAGUGAUGCCAGGUCGAGGGUGCACGGCGAGCUGAGGGCCGUCGAGUCUCUUGGACCAUGGAGCGGUGCAAGCCUACUUACCCAGCUCAAAGUUCCUGCCAUCGCCACCAUCGAUCGCGACCUCUGGCUGCAACAGGGUGCCUCCGGGGCGACCAGGCCUGGCGAGGUUGAUUUCAAAGCCCAGCAGCGGCAGAGCAUGGGGCCAGGGGGGUUGAUGAGGAACGCGGCUGCCGGCGCGAAUUGGACUCUUGGUAUAUGGGGCGCUGUCUGA